ACAACCUUUUCAUUGGCACACACAGAGUACACACAUAUAGUUCCCAUAUACAGUAAACAGUAUAACAUACUGUACAGUUCCCACAGUAAACACAUACACUACUUUGCACACAUACUGUAUACCCUACAGUACAGCAAUACAAAUAAAGGGAAAAAGUUCAAAGAUGGAGCAUCCUAAGUUUUAUAAAAAUAUCAACUAAAAUCUUAUGGUUGAUGGAGCUGCACAAUGUGGUUAAACCUCUCGACCUUGGCUUGCCCCACAGAAACCAGGGGAGGCGUGAGUGAAAUUUAUUCUGCAGAAGAGGAAGAGGGUGGCAGGUCAACCUCUGGCAUUUCUACCUUAGGAGUCUGGCUCUUGACCCUUGUUGAAGGAGUGGGCAAUCUUCCCUCCCAAACUGGCUUGAGAAAUUGCAUUAGCCUUGCCUGCCUGGCUUUUCUGCCUGAAAUCUUUAAGCAUCUCGGUAUAAGGGGCAAACGCAGUGGAGGCCAGCCAUUUAAAUUUGAGGCUUCGAUCAAGCGUAGGGUCACACUCUUCCAUGUCGCUAAAAAUUUUUUCCAAGGAACAACUCCAUUCUGAUAUUUUGGCUGCUGUGAGAGGGACAAUUCUGGAAGUCUUGGGCCGACUUUCAUGGCCAUCAACUCCAAUGCCUUGUUUUGCCAUCUCAUCCAGGUCUUCGUUGGUUGGUUCCACUGCCUUCUCUGCCAAAAUUUACUCCACAUCUCCUUCCUUCAUGUCAUCAAAGCCCUCUCCACUUACCUGCUGUGCCAUAUGCAUUAUGUCUCUGACAGUGUUCUUUAUAUUUUCUGUAACACCUUCAAACCCUUCAAAAUUCUCCACGCAGUCUGGCCAAACAUUUUCCCAACAGUUAUUGGUAGUAGCCUGACCAAUGCUCUCCCAGGCUGUGCUGACAUAAUCAAUAACGUUGCAUCUAGUGACCGACUUCCAAUACUCCAGCAUGGUGGUUUCCUUGUUGGUCCUGAGAGCCUCACAGGCCUUCAUAUAAAGCUCCCUUGUGUAGUGUGCCUUGAAUGCUUUUAUUAUGCCCCGAUUGAGGGGUUGGAUGAGAGACUUAGUGUUUGGGGGCAUAAAAAGAACUCCUAUGUUGGCGUGUGCAUUUUCGAGUUCUUUGCAGCAAUGGAUUGUAGCAUUAUCCAAAAUUAACAAAACCUUGAAGGUGCCCGGCGCGGUGGCUCACGCCUGUAAUCCCAACACUUUGGGAGGCCGAGGCAGGCGGAUCAUGAGGUCAGGAGAUCAAGACCAUCCUGGCUAACACGGUGAAACCCCGUCUGUACUGAAAAUACAAAAAAUUAUCCGGGCGUGGUAGUGGGCGCCUGUAGUCCCAGCUACUCGGGAGGCUGAGGCAGGAGAAUGACGUGAACCCGGGAGGCGGAGCUUGCAGUGAGCCGAGAUUGCGCCACUGCACUCCAGCCUGGGCGACAGAGCGAGACUCCGUUUCAAAACCAAGCCAAAACAAAACAAACCCAAACAAACAAACAAAAAACAAAACAAAACAAAACAAAAAACCCUUGAAGGCAAGGUUUCUGCCCUGGAGACAGUGUUCAAGGUUUCUGCCCUGGAGACAGUGUUCAGCUUCUGGGAUGAAGCAGUUGUGGAACCAAUCAGACAUCAUCCACACUUUUUUGUUCCACCUCCAAUAGACUGGCAGAUGGUUCACGUAUUUCCCGUUAAGUGCUUGUGGAUUUUGGGUUCUGUACACCAUUAGGAGUUUGCACUUUAGUCGCCCUUGGCAUUGGCGCACAAUAACAAGGGUGCAUGAUCCUGGCAUGAUUUAAAGCCAGGGGCUUUGGAGGCCGUUUGCAUUAUAUAGGUUCGUUUGCCAACAUCCUUGUAAAAUAAGCCAGUCUCAUCCGCAUUGAAAACCUGCUCUUUCACAUAACCCUUUUCCUGUAUAACACUUAGCAAGUAUUUUUAAAAUUCUUUCGCAGCCUCCUGAUCUGCAGAACUCGCCUCACCUGCAAGUUUAACAUUUUUCACCCCGUAUCGCCUUUUGAAACGCGCGAGCCGGCCAGCACUCGCCGAGAAGGGCUUAGCAUUUCUUUUGACUCUGGGUAACGUGACCACAGGUAUCUUUGGCUUUCAGCCUCACAACAAUGCUGUCCACUAUGUUUUUUUUAAUCGAUUGACAUCUCAUGAAUCCACAAAUUUAGCCGCUUUUCCAUCUUUUCCAUCUUUGUCAUAGCUUCAUCACGCACGAUGGAGGUCACUUCAGCACCAUCCGGAGCGGCCUCACGGACAGAUCGGUGAAUUUCCUUUUCCUUUUUCUUGAUGUACCGGAUUGUCGACUCGUAAACAUUGAGCUCAUGGCCAACAGCACUGUAACUCAUGCCUGAUUGGAGCUUAUCCAACACGCGGACUUUCUCCGUAAGGCACAUCACGGGCUUCUUUCGCUUAGGAACACUGGGCAGAGCUUCAGCACUACGCUUGGGGGCCAUUUUAAAAAGCAAAACCACCCACAAAAAGCAGAAAAAAAAAGUGUCAGUAAACAGACUGCGGAAAGGACUCUUUGUUUACAGCACAGGAGCUGCGACUAGAAGGCGGCGCUUCUCCCUAGUUCAAACUUCAGCUGGGAAUCUUACCUCCGCCAACUCCAAAUUUUCACCCUCUGCGCAUGCCCGGGAAGAACCCCAGAAAGUACCGUGAUGAUUGAUUUUAGGGUUACAAAUACAUUUUAGCAAGUAAGUGAAUUUGGCAUUACGAAUUAAUGAUUAAUGAAGGUCACCUGUAUUUCCAUAGAUAUGUAAUUUUAUUUAAGCAGAUUUAUUAUAUUAAGGCGGCGAGGCAGCGCCGAAGACUACAAGUUCCAGCAUGCACAGCGUCCGGGCGGGUUCGGGCUCCCAGCGAGGGCCUCAGGGACGCCAGCCCGGAGGCAUCGGCCGGAAGUGUCGUAGGGCAACCACGUAGUACUCUCUGCGCAUGUGCAAAGCGCUGUCGGGGGCCGCCCUAGCUGCCGUCGCCGCCGCCGGGGCUCUAUGGUCUCUCCCUAGAGCUUUGCCGUUGGAGGCAGCUGCUGCGGUCUUGCGAGUUUGACCAGCGUCGAGCGGCAGCAACAUGGAGGAAUUCGACUCCGAAGACUUCUCUACGUCGGAGGAGGACGAGGACUACGUGCCGUCGGGUGGAGAGUAUAGUGAAGAUGAUGUAAAUGAAUUAGUGAAGGAAGAUGAAGUGGAUGGUGAAGAGCAGACACAGAAAACCCAAGGGAAAAAAAGAAAGGCCCAGAGCAUUCCAGCCAGGAAGAGAAGACAAGGUGGCCUCUCAUUAGAAGAAGAGGAAGAGGAGGAUGCCAAUUCAGAAUCUGAGGGAAGCAGUAGUGAGGAGGAAGAUGAAGCUGCAGAGCAGGAAAAAGGCAUUGGAUCAGAGGAUGCCAGGAAAAAGAAGGAGGACGAACUCUGGGCCAGCUUCCUCAAUGAUGUGGGACCAAAAUCAAAAGUGCCCCCAAGUACACAAGUUAAGAAAGGAGAGGAGACUGAAGAGACAAGUUCAAGUAAAUUGUUGGUAAAAGCAGAAGAGCUAGAGAAACCUAAAGAAACAGAAAAAGUUAAAAUCACCAAGGUGUUUGAUUUUGCUGGUGAAGAAGUAAGGGUAACUAAGGAAGUGGAUGCUACAUCUAAAGAGGCCAAAUCCUUCUUCAAGCAGAAUGAGAAAGAAAAACCACAGGCUAAUGUUCCUUCAGCUCUGCCAUCACUCCCUGCCGGGUCAGGGUUAAAAAGAUCAAGUGGCAUGAGCAGCCUUUUGGGGAAAAUUGGUGCCAAGAAGCAGAAAAUGAGCACCCUUGAGAAGUCCAAACUGGACUGGGAGAGCUUCAAGGAGGAAGAGGGGAUUGGUGAAGAACUGGCCAUCCAUAAUCGAGGGAAAGAGGGGUACAUUGAACGGAAAGCCUUCCUCGACCGAGUGGAUCACAGGCAGUUUGAAAUUGAGCGAGAUCUCAGGCUGAGCAAAAUGAAACCUUGAUGUUACGGGCUAAAUCAAGAGCAGCUUAAUCCUGUUUACAAUGUGAGCUUUUUGUGCGUCUGUGAAAUGUUUUACAGUGUUUCUCAUCAUCUGCUUCCCAGCAAGGUCUUUUUUUUUUCUACAUUGAAGUUCUGUCUAUGUAUCUUAAUCACAAAUGGUUUCAUUCACUUUACUUUUAAAAAUUUGUCCUUAAAUGAAUAAAUAAAAUAAAAGCUGGUCCUGUGAGAGGAUAAUGAAGAUGA